AUGAUAUGUGGCCAUUCGAACGGUUACAACUGCCGUAGGAUACUGAACGCCUUCACUGGUUCUCGGCAAGAGCGAGGAGCCUCCCACUGCUUCGCUCCAGCUGGUUUGGAACAUCCAGAUAAUGUUACAAACCUUCAGUGGUUGAAUAGGGUAGACAUCCCCAAGUUUUGGACUCGAGAUGACAGCCCUGAUUGCAGAGUAGCUUUGUUUCCGGUUGAAAAUUCGACUGACGGGUCGCUGUCAUACGACGUCAGCCGCUAUCUGAGUAUUCAGAGUGUCGGCUUCGGGAUAAGCCAUUAUUGUGUGGAAGCUAUGGGCAUCCCCGGCCUUCAGGGCACAGGCGGGAUUGACUCAGCAGGUUAUAUCGUAGCUCCCAGAGAUAAAGGGUCCGCUUACCCUUUUUACAAGGCGACAACAGAAAACUCCGUAUCAUCCUUUACGCGCCACUAUCCAAGUUCGGUAACGACACCAUAG